CACAGCAAAACUGAACAUUCUUUACACCUGUCCUAUGUUGUGUUAAUUAUACUGCUUAUAUUUUACAGGGUAUGGAAAUUGUACAGACCAUGAACAGUGAUCCUGGACUUGCUGUAGGUUACACAGCUUUCAAUGGAGUUGAUUUUGAAGGCACUUUCCAUGUGAACACAGUGACAGAUGAUGACUACGCUGGCUUCAUCUUUGGUUACCAGGACAGCUCCAGCUUUUAUGUAGUGAUGUGGAAACAGACAGAACAGACCUAUUGGCAAGCAACUCCAUUCAGAGCUGUUGCAGAACCUGGGAUUCAACUCAAGGCUGUAAAAUCAAAGACUGGGCCCGGAGAACAUCUUAGAAAUUCACUUUGGCACACUGGGGACACUAAUGACCAAGUCAGAUUGCUGUGGAAAGACCCUCGAAAUGUUGGCUGGAAAGAUAAAGUUUCCUACCGUUGGUUCCUCCAACACAGACCUCAGAUUGGAUAUAUUAGGGCAAGAUUUUAUGAAGGCUCUGACCUGGUGGCAGAUUCUGGAGUGACCAUAGACACAACCAUGCGUGGAGGGAGACUUGGUGUUUUCUGCUUCUCUCAGGAAAACAUUAUUUGGUCCAAUCUAAAGUAUCGCUGCAAUGAUACCAUCCCAGAGGACUUCCAGGAAUUUCAGGCUCAACAGUAUGGAGUUGGAGAUAUUUAAGAAAUACUGGGAAUCCAAGUGGCUACGGCAAACAAUAAAGCAGUAUAUAUUAAAUGUGUAUAUUAUUUUCUUUUGGUGCAAGCCCACACAUUUGUUCUGAUUGGUAUAAAACUGUCAGACCAUUUUAAUGUACAUAUAUAUAAAUGUGAAAAAUAAAAAGAUUAA